AUGAAUGCUAAAGAAACAGCUGGAUGCAUCACGACUAAGGAGGAAAAAGGCGCGGAAAGAAUAUCAGACACACAGCCAGGCGCAUCGCAAUCAAGAGGGAAGCAGUUCGCAGAGAAUGCCAAGGACGCAGCGAGACUCAUCACCAGGGACAUAGCUAAAGGCAUACCAAAGACACCAGGGACACAGCUGGAAGCAUCAUCGUUAGAGAGAGAUACAGCUGGGCGAUUCAUCAAGGAGAUCAGGGACUUUAGGCACAACAAGGACAGUGACAUAAAGGACACCAAGGACACCAAGAACACCAAGGACACCAAGGGCACAAGGGGCAGCAAGGACAGCAAGGAUAUCAAGGACAUAAAGGCAGCUGAGCACAUUAAUAAGGACAUCAAGGACACGAAGGACACCGAGGACAACAAGGAUAGUAAGGACAGCAGAGACACCAAGGACAUCAGGCAUACAGCUGGACUAAAGGCAGCUGGGCAUAUUAAUAAGGACAUCAAGGACAUUAAGGACAUUAAGGACAUUAAGGACAUCAAGGACACGAAGGACACGAAGGACACCGAAGACAAUAAGGACAGCAAGGACAGCAGAGACACCAAGGACACCAGGCAUACAGCUGGACGUAUCAAUGUUAGGAAGACACAUCUAGGUGUAUUACUAAGGACACCAGGGACACUAUGGGUACGGAGAGAAUGCUAG